GAGAGGAGAGAGAGAGAGAGAGAGAGAGAGAGAGAGAGAGAGAGAGAGAGAGAGAGAGAGAGAGAGAGAGAGAGAGAGAGAGACGCAGCCCCCAGACCAAGGAGGGGAGCGGCGGCUGGGAGCACAGAGCAGGAGAGGGGCCGGGAGAAGACAGAACCGAGCGGUGCAGAGGAGAGAGGCAGCCAAGAGAGAAGAGGGAGGGAGGGAGGGAGCGAGAGAAGGGCGAGGCGGAGCUGGCAGCCAGCACACAGCCUCUGACUGGCAGCCGGGCAGCCGCCGGGGAAGGGAAGGCGGCCAAGAAAAGGGUGAGGGCGGUGGAUAAUCGAGAAAGGCCGGGCUGCGAGGCAGACGCAGAGCUGCACACGAGCAGCAGCCCCGCGCAGCCUGGGCGCCUCCGGAGCCCAGCCCGGGGCUGGCAUCGGCGCCUCCCUCCACCCCAACCGGAGGCCGGAGGAACGCCCGACAGGCAGCCAGGCACCGAGCACGCCGGGCCCCCAGCCCCUGCUCCGGGAGCCCGAGUGUCCAGCAGUUGCCAGCCACCGAGGGUGCCCCAGUGAUCGCGGGCGGAGCGAGCCCGGGCCGGACCAGGAGACACCGUCUGAGCGGAGCCCGAGCCGUGGGCAGGGGAACCGAGUCCAGGUUCCUGUGCUGCUCCAAGCAGAAAGUUCUUCAGAUUGGUUGUCCACUUUCUGUCCGCUUCUCCACCUGUGAUGGUCAUUCACUCUCCCACCUCCUGACCAGGUCCGGCCAUCCGAGGAGGGAGCAUGGAGACGGACACUCGCGCCUGCUGACAGGGACAUGGGACUCCACUCACCAUCAGUCGCUUGUGUGGAUUUGAGCAGCCCGGAGCCCCUGAGGCAGCGUGAAAGACUUCCAGGACUCGGGCAGAGAGCCCCCACUGAAGGACCUCCCACCUUGUUAUUGUAAUUUCCUCCUGAGAGAGAGAAUGUCAGAGCAAGGAGAAUCGACUGCACAGACAGCUGAGGCCCCUGGGGCAGAGCAGGAAGCCAGGACCCCAGAGAAUGGCAUCAUUCAGUCGGACAGCCUGGAUGAGGAAGAGAAACUGGAACUUCAGCGGCGGCUGGCAGCCCAGAACCAGGAGCGGAGGAAGUCCAAGUCAGGAGCAGGGAAGGGCAAGCUGACCCGGAGCCUAGCUGUCUGCGAGGAGUCCUCCCGACCAGGACCGGAGAGCCUCCAAGAUCAGGAAUCGGUUCAGUUACAGCUUUCCAGACUGUCCAGCCUGCACGAGGAUGAGAAGUCUAGUAGAGAGGGCCCUGAACGGGACAGAGAGAAGGAAAAGCCCAAGGAGCGAGAGAAGGCCUGGGAGAAGCCCAAGGCGCGCAUGCUGUCCAAAGAUUGCAGCCAGGAGUACACCGAUUCUACAGGAAUUGACUUACAUGAGUUCCUGGUAACCACACUGAAGAACAACCCCAGGGACAGGAUGAUCCUCUUAAAAAUGGAACAAGAAAUCAUGGACUUCAUCAGUGAUGACAAGAAUCAUUACAAAAAGUUUCCUCAAAUGUCAUCCUAUCAGAGGAUGCUGGUACACCGAGUGGCUGCUUACUUUGGAAUGGAUCACAAUGUGGACCAAACUGGAAAAUCUGUCAUCAUCAAUAAGACUGGGAGCACCAGAAUACCAGAGCAAAGGUUCUGUGAACAUUUAAAAGAUGACAAAGGUGAAGAGUCCCAGAAGCGGUUUAUCUUGAAGCGAGCUAACUCUAGUAUUGAUAAAGAAGACAACCAGCAAAACAGAAUUCAUCCAUUUAGAGAUGACAGACGAAGUAAAUCAAUUGAAGAGAGAGAAGAGGAGUAUCAGAGAGUGAGGGAGAGAAUAUUUGCCCAAGAUUCAGCUUGCUCCCAGGAAAGCCUAUUUGUGGAAACCAGUAGGCUCUUGGAGGACAGUAGCCUAUGCAAGGAAAUCCAUAAGAAAAGACAACAGUUUAGGGGGAACCGAGAUGGGUCAGGGAAGACGUCAGGGAGCCGGCAAAGCAGCACGGAAAACGAGCUGAGGUGGCCCGACUCCCAGAGGCCUUGGAGCAGCACAGACUCAGACAGCCCUAGCUGCAACCUCAGGCCACCCAUCACCAAGACAGCCAGCUUUGGGGGCAUCACGGUGCUGACUAGGGGCGACAGCUCAUCCAGUGCCAGGAGUGUCGGCAAACUGUCCAAAGCAGGCUCCGAGUCCUCCAGCAGUGCCGGCUCUUCGGGAUCCUUGUCACGGGCACAUCAGCCUCUCCAAAGCAGCCCGCUCAUGCCCGCAGGGCCUGCUCCAUCUUCAGGCAGCGGGGCCUUUGCAGAGAACGGACUGAGUGGUCAGGCAGCCCCUGGUAAUCCCAGCUACAUCCUGCUCCCACUUGAAGCUGCAGGGAUCCCUCCGGGCAGCAUUCUCCUCAACCCCCACACAGGCCAACCAUUUGUGAAUCCUGAUGGGACGCCAGCCAUCUACAAUCCCCCAAGCAGCCAGCAGCCUGUGAGGAGCCCAAUAGGGGGCCAGGCCCAGCAGCAGCCCUCCCCUCAGGCCCCACAACAGGUGCAACCACCCCAGCAGCAGAUGGCCAGUCAUCUUGUCACACAGCCCCUGCAGGCUCUGCAGUCUUCUUCGCAAUCAGGGCAGUAUCCCUCUGUCUCCUAUCCUCCCCAGCAUCUCCUGCCAGUGGCUCCGGUGCAGCAAUUUCCUGUGAGAGAUGACAUGGCCACCCAGUUCAGCCAAAUAAGCCUGAGCCGACAGUCAUCAGGAGACGCCCCUGACCCUCCAACUGGCCCCAUCUACCCACAGCCUGUCCUGCAGCAUCCAGGACAGCAGCAAGGCUAUGUCCUCACCUCAACGAGUCAGCAGCUUCCUCCUGGAGGUUUCUCAGGCUCAGGGCCUCCCCUCUCCCAGCAAGUCCUCCAGGCUUCCCCAGCACCCCAGGGGUUCAUCCAGCAGGCCUCGCCUGCCCAGCAGAUGCCAGUGUACUAUUACCCAUCUGGUCAGUUCCCUACCUCAUCACCUCAGCAGUACCGGCCCAUGGGCUCAGUCCAGUACAGUGCCCAGAGAAGUCCCCAGAUGCCACCACCAGCUGCCCAGCAAACAGGUUACCAGCCCAUCCUGUCAAAUCAGCAGCAAGGCUUUCAAGGCCUCAUGGGUGUUUCGCAACCACCUCAGAGUCAGAGCCUGAUCAGCAGCCCCCAAGGGAGUCAGGUGCAAGGCAUGAUGGUCCCAUAUCCAAACGUGUCUUCUUAUCAGGUGUCCAUGACUCAGGGUUCUCAAGGACUGCCCCAGCAAUCCUACCAGCGACCCCUCAUGCUGUCUAAUCAGUCAGGCCCGGGAACAGGAACGCUCCCCACCGCCAGCAUGCCUGUCUAUUGCAAUGUCAUACCUCCAGCCGCCCAGGGCAACCUGAGGCUCGUGACCCCCCACUGCCCCUCCCAGAGUGUCCCGGUCAUCUCGGCAAGCUGCAGGACAAACUGUGCCAGUGCUCACAACACGGGGUGGUCAGUGAAGUACUAGCCACAGAAGCCAAGCCUAUGUGAAGAUGGGACUUUGGCUGGUCUUGGCAGGGAGAGGAGCCCAACGACAUGAGCGUAAAGAUGCCCCUCUCCUCAUACUCCAGUGGUCACUGCUGAUGUUCCCUUACAAAUAGGAACAAUCCCAAAAUGUUGGCUGGGUUAUGGUGCAUAUUUUGUCAUGUCUGCUAGGUAAUGCCUUACAGCUUAGCUAGGGAUGUGAUCUCAUCAAGGUAAGAUUAUUUCCUACCACUGAACACCACUGUGUAGAUCGGAAUAUUCCUAAUUUGGAUUAGUUUUGUAUUUUGUGUUGAGUUUGUGAAGCUAAAAGUAUUUAAGAAAAUUAUAUAAUAAAAUCACAUUGUACCAAAGCUGUAAUGAAAAAAAAAACAGAGUUGCUGAAUGGAAGGAAUAAUUUAUAUACACACUCUAGAGUUUUUUAUGGAUCUAGACUGUAUUGUAGUGUUCAACCCAAAUAAAACUGUUUGACCUCGUGGAAGAAGGUCAGGUUUCUA